CUGUUUAACUACAGAUACAACAAGGAAAAACCCUGACCACUCCUAGACUUUCGAUUUGAGCAACAGGAGCUCUGAAAAUCAAGGGAACUGGCAUUUUGAUCGUCUUUAAAAAAUGUAUUUAGCCCAGACCAGAAUAACUUGAAAUCAUUUUUUAUAUAUAUAUUUUUGUACGUUAACUGAAAUUUGGAUCUACCUGUGUUUUGAAUUUAAUAAUGUCCGGAAACACUCCAGAGCACAUACCUAUUGAUUCCUUAAACGGGAAUGAUCCAGAAGUGAACCAGCCUUUCCUUGGUACUAGUACGGAGCAAAAGAAAACAAAAUGGAUUGGAGAAAUAUGGAAGAAAUAUAAACUACUCAUUAAAAUUAUUGGCAUUUUUCUCUUGCUCGUUCUAGUAGCAAUAAUUAGUCUCGUUGCCUACACAAAGCAUUAUGUUGACGAAGAUGAAUACCCUGAUGUAGCGUUAAAUAUGGAAAAAAGCAUGUACACAUUCACAGGAUCGCUCACCAUUAAAGACAGUUGUGUGCUGGAUACACUGGGAAUAAAUAAAGAAACUCUUCAACAAAGGAUUGAAAAAGUAUAUUCAGUGUCUCCUGCCUUACACCCCUAUUUUGUUUCUGCAGAAGUCAACGACUUGUUUGUUGGAGAAAACACUUCAGCAAUUUUAAGGCUCAACUUCUCCAUGCCUUCUGCAAACCAGCAUGAAAGGAAGUAUAAAAUGAGUAAAGAAUUUGUAGGAGGUAUUUUACGACAGGAUAUCAAUGAUUUAGAAAAAUCACAAUGUCAGAACUCCAGCGUUUUUCUGGAUCCACUUCAUGUAACAUCAACACAUUAACAUUCACAUAAAGGAUGCCACUUUUUGGAAUGAAUUCACAUAAUUGCUUACUAAACCCACAAUGAGGCACUAAGGCAGAAGAUGGCAAAGAGGCCAGUGUUUAUUGGAAAAUGCUCCCCAAUUUAUCUUCAUUGAAAAAGAUGCCUCCAAUACACUGAUGCAUAUUAGGAAGGAAUGAAAAGAAAAAUUCUCUUGCCACCAGUUAUUGUACAUAGACAUGUUGUAAAUUAAAUAAAUGUACUUUUUCAUACA